GUCGUUGAUUCCGCCCGAGAUCUGGCAACUCCGCGUUUUGUAAACCGAAUUUGCCAGGCAAUUAAUUAAAUUAAUUGGUCUUCCUGCAGCCAUAAAGCAAUGAUAUGCCGCCUCUGCCUGGACGAUGCGGAGCACAGCGUGCCGAUCUUCGACCAGGAGGACCAGGAGGAGGCGCCCUCCAACCUGGCGGAGCUGAUUGAGAAGCACCUGCAGUUGGUGCUCCUGCCCAACGACGCGGUGUCCAAGUGCCUCUGCACCCAGUGCUGGCAGCAGUUGGCCGACUUCGAGCAGUUCUGCGCCAUGGUGAUGAAGAAGCAGCUGGGCCUGCAGCAGCUGAAGAUGGAGCCGUUCUCCGAGGACGAGGAUGCGGAUACCAAGGCGCAGAUCCUGUGCGAGCCGGAGAUUGAUGUGAGUCCUGCGGCGGCGGACAACGAGGAGUGCAAUGAGAUCGACGGCGAUGCCAGCAGCAGCAGGAGCAGCAGUAUCCGGACCUCUACCCGUCGGAGGAUGCGUCUGCCUUCGCCCAUCAGACGGAGCAUGCGACCGCGGGCAGCCGCAGCCACCCCCAGAGCCCGGGUCGUCAAGGCCAAGGCCAAGACGAAGCGCCACCAGGAGGAGGCGGACGAGGACGAGGAGGCCGAGGGCGAUGGCGAUCCGGAGAGCCGGAGCAGCAAUGGCCGCGAAAUGGACAGCUACAUAGCUCUGCACGGCCGCCUGGAGUGUUGCAUGUGCGGCGGCGACGAUCAGUUCCAGAACUUUGCCGAGAUGAAGCGACAUUUCCGGAACCAUCACCAGUCCGCCGGAUAUGUGGUUUGCUGCCAGCGUCGCUACAAGAAGCGUGCCCUCUACGUGGACCAUCUCCGGAUGCACAACGAUCCGGACUAUUUUAGGUGCAAGAUCUGCUCUAAGCAGCUGGUCAGCCGGAUUAGCUACGACGUACACAUGCUGCGCUUCCACUCCAACGAGGACGAGCUAAGCUUCGCCUGCAAUCAGUGUUCCAAGCGGUUUUCCAAGCAGUUCCUGCUCACCAUUCACUCAAGGGUGCACCAGCAGGAGCGAAAGGAGCAGUGCAAACACUGCGACAGAACCUUUCGCACCGCCGUCGAUCUGCGGCUGCACAUGCGACGUACCCAUGACCCUGCCUUCGUACCCUUCAUCUGCGACUCCUGCGGCGCCAAGUUCAAGACGAAGCAGAACCUGCUGGUGCACAAGCGCACCGUGCACCGCGAGGGCUCCCAGCUGCCGGAGGUGCAGUGCCAGGAGUGCCAGGUGUGGCUGUCCGACGAGAACAGUUUGCGAAAGCACAUGUACAUGCACCUGGACGCCGCCUCGCUGCGGCAGUGGAAGUGCGAGCAGUGCGGCCUGGAGAAGGGCUCGCGGGCGAAGCUGGCGGCGCACAUCCGGUACCAUCAUCCGAAGGAGUACCACAAGUGCACGCACUGCGGCAAGGAGUUCAAGAGCAGCCGAGGCCUUGAGGAGCACACUGCCACGCACACCGGCCAGGAUCUGUACGAAUGCGCCUUCUGCGAGCGGACCUUCAAGAACUCGGGCAACAUGCACAAGCACCGCCGCCAGAUGCACGCCGCCCAGGUGGCCGCCCUGCAGCAGCAGAAGAAGGUGCGGCCCAGCAAGCGCAAGGACAAGGGCGACCUGCUGCUGGACGUCUUGGCUGCCGGGGGAAAGGAACUGAGCCACGCCAUGGGAGUGGGCGACAUGAACGACUGAUGGAUUCCAAAAACCAAAUAUACACACACAUUGGAAUUAUAUUAAA